AUUGAAACCCAAUUCUACCGCGAGUCUCUGAGUUAGUGGGCAAGUGAGUAGAGUACAGUACUGUACAUGAGCUUUUGAAGCUUAAACUACGCUUGAACACCCAACACCUGCACAUCUGUCCUUACUCUCCUCACUCUCCCCCUGUUGCUGCUUUCCAAAAGUUUGAUAGCGUAGUAGCAAGAUGCCUAUUGACGAUGGUCUUCCGAUCUUCCACCUGACCCCCAAAGCUAGGGAGCCCCACAUCACAACCCUAACAUUCACCGUGAACGGCUCUCCACCAACCGCCUCAUACAUAAAAACCCGGGCACCGGACACCGAUGCAACAUACUCCACCACCCUCCACGACGCAUUCGUCCCCGACAUCCUGUACGCAACCGUCAUCGCAACGCCCGAGAUCAUCCAGCUGCUGCCGAGUUCACCGGGGACACCCCCACCACUGCCAAAGGUCCUCCUACCCAAGGAAUUCACACUGCAACUGUAUAACCCGGACUCCACCAUCACCGUCACGCACAACCAUUCCACCCUCCGCGGCAACUUCUGGGAGUUCUCACUGCCAAAGACUUCGUUCCUGCCCCCCACCGCUUCGAGAUUGGACGCUGCUAGCGCGGCGCACCGGAAUGCCCUAUCGCAUCUACCCCGUGCCACCUUCCGAUGGCGCAAAGAGGGCGGUGUGCUAUCCAAGAGUAUGCUAAGGUGCAGUCUAGUGUCCCCCGCGAACCUCGGCAACGGGCCGAAGAAGGCCGGCGCGAACGAGCCCGACAUUCCCAUUGCCACGUUUGAGGGACUGGGGGAUAAGAAGGGCAUGGGGGACAUCACCAUCUACCAGAGCAAUCUCAAGAGGGUCGAGGUGGAGGACCUGAAGGGGUUGGAGGUGGCGCUGGUGCUCAGUGCUAUGGCGAUCGGUGAUAUGUGGUUUUUCCCGACGAGCGUGAUGUUCAACCUCACCCCUACUUCGAAUUCGUCCCCCUCGACAGCGACAGCCGUAGCCAGCGCGAAUGGUGAGAGGAGGAGAACUUCCAGCACUUCGAGCAUCCCCCCACCGGCGGCCGUGACGCCAACUACGCAACAUCCUCCCCGUCCAACAUAUCCGCAAAGUCACAGAACUUCGUACCCACAGCAUGCCCCCCCUCCGCAACAGCGGGACUACCAAUCCCACAAAGCCGAGGAAGCAGCGCGCCGCGCAGCACAGCUAAAGAAAGAGGAGGAAGCAACGCUCCGCAUGCUUGCCGAGGAGGAAGCGCGUGAACGGCAGCGGCAAGAAAUGGAGGUUGAGAAGGAGACGCAGAGACUUAGGACGCUGUACGAGCGGGAGAACGCGGCCGUUAUGCAGCAGCAGCGGCAGCGGCCGCCUGUCGUCGGAGGUUGGGGGGGUGGGAGACCGCCAAUUGUUGGAGGUGGAGGUGGACUGAAGCCCAUUCAAGAAGGCAAGAAGGUUAGCUCUCGAAAGAGCUUUUUGGGACUGAGGUUUGGUGGUGGCGGGCGUAGUGGGGAUACAGGGGACAGAGCGAAUGGGGCCGGGGGAGUCAAAGUGAGAGGGGGGAAGUUGAGCAAGAAGGGAUCCACCAUGUUUUGAUCGUUUGGGACGAGAGCGAGCGCUGGGGAAGGGUUACUUGUACGCUCCUUCCCCCCCCCGUCCCGUCUCGGAUGGUAUGCACAAGUAGCGAUGUGAAUACUCAUAAUACGACCGGGCGCAUUUCUGAUUUCCCCAUUUACCCUGCGUUGCUUUUUUAUUAGCCUCAUCUGCCCCUUUUCUCUCCCUUUUCUUAUAUCAUACUUUUUUUUUAUUUUCCCCCUCGGUUUGUUUUUGCGCUUUUUAAAAAUUCUAGUGUUGCGUGGUUUGCUUCCUGUUUUAUUUUCAUUUUCUUCUGCAUCGCCAACACAAAUUGCCUGUUAUACCGCAUGCUGUAUCGUGGGUUUUGUAUUCUGGUUGGGUGGCUGGGUACUCUUGGCAAUGGUGUGUCGUGAAAAGCCAGUCAAGAUGAUCGGUAUUUGAGAGACCGAAAUUAUUUGAAGGAACGAAUGUAGUAAAUAAACAAUUAUCAUUCAUCA